UGCAUUCGCGCGCGCACGUGUAAUAAAGCAGCGAGACGAUUUAAUGACAGCGCGCUAGCCGCGCUGUCAUGAAUGAUGAAAGUACGCUGUCUAAACCAGGUCGUUGUAUUAGCGUGUAACUUCUGUUGGUGCUCCUGUGGCAGCGUCUGCAGACCAAUGCAGACAGUCGAGGAGUCGGAGUGCUGCAGGAAGUUGCACAAUGUGGUGCGUAUGUGCAGUGACCAGGGGGUGCCUUGUGUAACAAAGCACCCCUUGUUCGAGCUGUAUUGCCUAAACACCGACAUCUUGGACCUAGAGUACCUCAAGCUCCGGUACUUCUGCCCUCUUGAUGCAGGAGACAGGGGCCCACAAGAGAGGCACCGCUACACUGCCUACCGGCAAUUCACUUGGUGGGUUCACCAUAAGCUGGGGCGCGGUAACCGGGUGCCACUGCCCAGCUGCGCCGUGCAACGAAUUCGACGAGAGUUCCCAUCCACCGAUGGACGUUAUGUCGGUUUCAAGAAAUAA